AUGAAUUGCUCCACAUUGCUAUCUCUCGUGCUGAUGCUUGUUCAACUUUGGCCUUGCUCUCCAAGCAUGCAGAACCGCAGUGCUCAAAACAUAGAUCAGUCUUUCACAGCAGUUCGAAGAGUGAAACGUGGCUGGCUAUGGGAGCCACUUUUUGCAACUGAGGAACAGACUUCAACUGUGCCUGUGUAUGUUGGACAGUUGAAAUCAGAUUUAGACAAGCAAGACGGCAACCUAAAAUACAUUUUGACUGGGGAGGGAGCUGGAAGCAUUUUUAUCAUUGAUGAAAAUAAUGGCAAAAUUUACGUGACACAAAAACUGGAUCGAGAGAAGAAACCCUUCUACACUCUAAGAGCACAAGCAAUGAACAGGAGGACUGAGCUUCCUGUUGAACCUGAAUCAGAAUUUAUUAUCAAAGUUCGAGAUGUCAAUGAUAAUGAACCACAGUUCUUGGAUGGACCUUAUGUGGCCACUGUUCCAGAGAUGUCACCUGAAGGUACUUCAGUUACACAGGUAACAGCUACAGAUGGUGAUGAUCCUUCUUAUGGGAAUAGUGCCCGUCUACUUUACAGUCUCAUUCAGGGACAGCCUUAUUUUUCUGUGGAGCCAAAGACAGGGGUCAUCAGAAUGGCCUCCCAAAUGGAUAGAGAAACAAAAGAUCAAUAUUUGGUCAUCAUCCAAGCUAAAGAUAUGGUUGGGCAAGCAGGGGCAUUUUCAGCAACAGCCACUGUUACCGUCAACCUCUCCGACAUCAAUGACAAUCCACCUAAAUUUCAACAGCGACUCUACUAUAUGACCGUCUCUGAAGAGGCUCCUGUGGGCACUACUGUAGGUAAAGUCUUUGCAGAAGACAGCGACAUAGGGGAGAAUGCAGCCAUGAACUAUUUCAUUGAAGAUGAUAGCUCAGAUGUUUUUGACAUCAUUACUAACAAUGAGACUCAAGAAGGAAUCAUCGUAUUAAAAAAGAGAGUGGAUUAUGAGACCAGGAGGAGAUACAGUAUUCGAGCAAAAGUUGUAAACAGGUACAUUGAUGACCGUUUUCUGAAAGAAGGACCAUUUGAAGAUAAAACCAUUGUCAAAAUCAAUGUGGAAGAUGCUGAUGAACCUCCAGUUUUCACCUUGGAGAACUAUGUGAUGGAGAUUGCUGAAGCGGCUGUGAGUGGCUCCUUGGUGGGCAUUGUAACUGCUAAAGAUCCAGAUGAUGAUGACUGCCCAGUCAGAUACUCUAUUGUCCACGGCAUGCAUUUAAAGAAAUUGUUCAGCAUCAAUGAACACAAUGGAACAAUCAUUACAACUAAACCUCUGGACCGAGAGAUAGCUUCUUGGCACAACAUAACUGUUACAGCCACAGAAACAAAAAAUCCUGAAAAAAUUUCAGAAGCAAAUGUGUAUAUCCAAGUUCUUGAUGUUAAUGAUCAUGCACCAGAAUUCUCUAAAUAUUAUGAAACAUUUGUUUGUGAAAAUGCAGUUUCUGGUCAGCUAAUUCAAAGCAUCAGUGCAGUGGAUCAAGAUGACUCAGCAGAAGGUCACCAUUUUUACUUCUCAUUGGCUCAGGAGGCCACAAACAACUCACAUUUUACUGUCAAAGAUAAUCAAGAUAACACCGCUGGAAUUUUCACAGCAAAAAGUGGCUUUAGAAGGCAAGAGCAGUUUUCUUUCUACUUGCCAAUCUUAAUUCUGGAUAAUGGAACCCCACCACUGACGAGCACAAAUACCCUCACUAUCACUGUCUGUGACUGUGACACUGAAGUUAACACCUUCUACUGUCGAUAUGGAGCUUUCAUGUAUGCCAUCGGUCUCAGCACAGAAGCUUUAGUUGCUGUUUUGGCUUGCAUACUAAUACUCCUAG